AUGGCCGAUAUUUUGACGCUCGUCUAUGGAAAAUGUAAGGAUUUCAAAAUCAUCGCACCAUCAAAAUGCAGUACAUUGGUGGUCGGAGACUGUAACAUCAACCGUUCGUUGCUGCUACUUGCCGCGGUGACUGCUGCCUCUGAAUUGGGGCUCAAAGUGUCAUUUUUCACUCAAGUUCAAAUUCAGAGCCUUCCAGGAUCGUUGCAGGAAUCCAUGUCCAACAUGAGCCCUGAAAUGUGAAGGUAAUUAGCUAUUCUUAAAAUUAAUUUUGCAUACCCCAGGUCCUUGGAAGAUUUGCUUCAGGACGUGGCCUCUUUGCAUGAAUCAGCCUCUGGAUCUGCUGCCCCUCCUUCGCUGAUCAUCGUGGACAGACUGGAGGGCUACCUGCCCGGGCCUGGGACCUUGGAGGAGAGAGCCACUAGCCUGGCUCCCUGUCGGGUCAUGGCCUCGUUCCAGUCCGAGUGGGAAGGGCAUGCUGGUGGGGACCCCUCAGCCCCAGACCCUGUCCUCUCAGUGUUAGACCGCUACUUUCAGGUUAGGUGUACCUUGGACCGAGACUGGAACUCUGCCCCUGCUGUAGCAGGACCACAGGACACGUGGCAUGUUUACCUCUCUGGUGCUGGGAUCACAGAAGCCUCUCUUGCUAAGGAUGAGGAGGAUUCAAGUCUGGCACGAGAAUGGCAACUGGUCAUUCGCCCCAAUCGCUCAAUGGAGUUUACAAUGGUUUGAAAUCCAUUCAAUUACUUACCAGUGGACGAGGAAGAAAUAAGAGACAUGCAAAAAACAUAUAUACUUAUAUCAAGCAAUUGCAUUCCCAAAGACUGAGAUGCAAGGGGAACUGUUUUUUCUAAUGCACAGAAUGGUUUUCACUAGUGUUUACAAAAAGUUUUCAGCAAGGUUUUUGCGUGAAUUAAACAUUUACAUUUUAGUCAUUUAGCAGACGCUCUUAUCCAGAGCGACUUACAGUUAGUGAGUGCAUACAUUU